AUGACUAAGCCUAUAACAUUAGCCAAAAUGCUAGGAAACACUGAUAGUAUUAGUGCUUGCGUCCUGAUUCUUACUGCUUUCAGUGAAGUCCUGCAAGAAAUAGAUCAGCUUAAACUAGCGGUAGAAGAACUGACCCAAAAUAAUUCAGAACCUCCUCUAAAAAAUACAACCAGUACCUCGGGGCCACCCUCCAGGAACGAGGUGGAAGACAGACACCUGAUCCUUUAUAGCUUGCUUCCUUUGGGAGCAUUGCCUCUACUCAUGACCUGUUUCUACCUAUUCUUCUGCCUGAGAAGACACCAAGGUGGAGGAAAAAAACCAUCCAUAUCCCCAGUUCGGGGGGUUGAUGAUGUUCCUCAGCCCUUUAGACGUGAGCAAAUUGAAGUGGACGCCAGGCAAAACUCCCAAACACUGACGUCAGAAACUAGUGUUUAUGAUAAUGACCCUUGGUGCAGGCUCCAGGAAGAGCCUGUGGUUUAUUCUCACCCGCGUCCGGAGGAAAACAAACAGGGCAUUGUUUAUGCUUCGCUGAACCACUCCAUCAUUGAAAUGAACUUAAGACAGGCAAGAAACGUGAAAGAAGCACCUACAGAAUAUGCAGCCAUAUGUGUAAGGAGUUAA